CUUUUAGCAUAACCUUCCAAGGAGAACGUUCCCUUCAGACUUUAUUAUCUUCUUUUCCCCAAUGAGAGAAUACCUCUCAACUGCAAGACAUUUUUUUUUUUUUAAGUCUAUGCAGGACUUCGGGGAUUCUGUUAUCUUGCCAGGGAAAUUGAUCAUGGCUAAUGCCUGGGACUGGUGCUAAAUGAGCUACCAGAGUACGCCUGGCGGAGCAAGGCUUUUAUCAUAUACUCUUCUCUUCAGUUUGAACACAUUUGCUUGAAAUUUGCCGCAUGAUGCUGUCCAGGGAAGCAGCUUUUUUUCUCGGGAUGCAGCAAAUCGCUGGUUUCUAAGCUUAUUGCAGAAGAAGAAAUAAUCUUAAAUAGAGUGGAUUGUUUUUUUUUUUAACCUCCUGCUUGAUUCGUUGAUUCGACUGAGCUGUGUUGCACCGCGGUAAAGAUCACCUGUCACUAAAUCUUUGAGGAAGUAAAACAAAAGUGAAUUAUCAUUAUUAUUUAUUUAUUUUUAUUAUUUUUAACUGGCGGAGGCGGCGUGACCACGGAGAAUGAGACUGAGAGAAGCUGCCAGGGCUUGGAGGAGGAUAAAGCUGAGUUUAAGCUGGAAACUAAAAGACUAGAUUGUUUUUGGGUCCAACUUGCCCGGUUCCUCUCCACUUCCUCUAGUUUCGCUCCAUGGACAGAUCAACAAACCUGGACAUCGAGGAGCUCAAGAUGACACGAGAACAAUACAUACUAGCAACACAACAGAAUAACCUGCCAAGGACUGAGAAUGCACAACUUUACCCAGUGGGAAUUUAUGGAUGGCGAAAGAGGUGCUUAUACUUCUUUGUCCUUCUGCUGUUGGUUACCAUGAUAGUUAACUUAGCCAUGACAAUAUGGAUAUUGAAAGUUAUGAAUUUCACCGUGGAUGGUAUGGGAAAUCUGAGAGUCACCAAGAAGGGAAUCCGACUUGAAGGUAUAUCUGAGUUUCUACUUCCAUUGUAUGUGAAAGAAAUUCAUUCCCGAAAGGAUAGUCCACUGGUCUUACAGUCUGACAGAAAUGUAACAGUGAAUGCAAGAAAUCACAUGGGGCAGUUAACUGGACAGCUGACAGUAGGAGCUGAUGCUGUGGAAGCUCAGUGUAAAAGAUUUGAAGUGAGAGCCAGUGAAGAUGGCAGGGUGCUGUUUUCUGCAGAUGAAGAUGAGAUUACCAUUGGGGCUGAAAAGCUGAAAGUUACAGGCACUGAAGGAGCAGUAUUUGGGCACUCUGUGGAGACGCCUCAUAUCAGAGCAGAACCAUCCCAAGACCUCAGGCUUGAAUCACCGACAAGAUCCUUGAUAAUGGAAGCUCCUCGUGGGGUCCAGGUGAGCGCUGCUGCAGGAGAUUUCAAGGCUACCUGCAGGAAGGAGCUCCAUUUGCAGUCUACAGAGGGGGAGAUAUUUUUAAAUGCAGAUACAAUCCGGCUGGGAAAUCUACCAACCGGCUCAUUUUCAUCUUCUUUACCCAGCUCCUCAACUUCUCGACAGACUGUGUACGAACUCUGUGUCUGCCCCAAUGGCAAACUUUACCUUUCUCCAGCAGGAGUAGGUUCCACGUGUCAGUCCAGUAGCAACAUCUGCUUGUGGAGCUGAAGUGACUGAUUUCUCCUCACACCAGAAUAGCCUUUUGUUCCUGUCCGUCUGCUUCACAGUUCUGCUCGGUUUCCCUUGUGAUCAGUCCAGAGCUUCUCCAAAUGGUCCACAGAGCAACUUCUUCCAGUGUGAGCUGGGAUUCGCCACCACCUUCUCUUGUGAUUUAUAGUACUGCUCAACACAGAGAGUGUGAGUGACACAGCAGUGGAAAAACCAUCGUCAGCAGGAAAACUGGAUCAGAACUUUUGCUCAAAAGGGAGAAUAACAUAGGUGCCUUUGCUACAUGCAGUGAAGCACACAGUUUUAGAUUUUUGCAGGACCUGGAUAUGAACUGCACAUAUAUACAUUACAUAAAUGAAAUUCCCAGUAUCCAAUGGCAAGAUGAAAUGGUUAACCCUGUAAGAAAACUAAUUCUACAGUCUGAAAGCACAAUUUUCCAUUCAUCUUUUUGGAUGUAAACUUUUAUCCCCAAAUUUUAAAAUUUUGAAGCAUUAUGUAAUGCUUGCUUUAAUAAAAAUUAAAUUCAAUACAUGAUUUUUAACAAAACAAAACAAAACAAGACAGAAUCCUUCCCUGA